AUGUUACAACAAAGAAUCCAAGAUGUUCUUUACGAAUCUAAUUCUAUAUUAUUACCUAUUGAGGGUUAUCAAAAUGAACCUUUAGUGUCAUUGGAAAAAGCAGUUGAGCCACUCGUCACUAUUUUCGAUCAAGAAACACUUCAAAGAAACGUAUGGGUUGCGAAAAAUCGUUGUAAGGAGCCAGCUGAUGGUCUAUCACAAGAUGAAUCAGCUUCGAUUAUGUUGUAUACAUUCGAAUGGAAUACAAAAGAAAAUAGUCUAUAUUUUAUUCUUAAUCAAACUUUACGUAUGGAAGAUAGACAAAAACUCAAACCAUGGUUUCUAUAUUUAAAACUAUUUAUUACUGCACUUUCUCGACUUCCAUCGAUUGUUGACACUGUUUAUCGAGGUGUAAAAACUGAUUUAACAGGUCAGUAUGAGCUUAAUACUAAUUCAAUAUGGUGGGGUGUUAGUUCAUGCACAGACAACAUGGAUAUCCUCCAAUCUGAGCAAUUCUGUGGUAAAACAGGUCAACGGACUAUCUUUGUGAUUAAAUGUCUUAAUGGACGAUCUAUUACAAAUCAUUCGUAUUACAAGCAGGAAAAUGAAAUUUUAUUAAUGCCAGGAAGCUAUUUUCGAGUAGAUGGUAGAUACGAUCCUGCUGAUGAAAUUCACAUGGUACAACUUCAAGAAAUAAGACCACCCUAUGGAUUAUGUGCAUUUCCUGUGAUCAAUCGCUGGCAUGGUAUAGCACCUGGAAUUUGUCUAGAAGGCAAGUGUACUAAUAAAAAAUGCAUCGCGUAUCAACAAGAAGUUGUUAUUUCCAUUGGUUUUAGAAAAUUUGAUGUUCUUGUUGAUUCGAAUGCAUCAAUUGUUAAAUGUCCAAUGUGUUCAACUUAUAUUGAAAUUCUAAAAGUAGGUUUUAAACAUUGUCAAUGGCGUUGGCAUGGUAUUAGACAAAUAGUACCAUAUGAAGAGCCCACACGUUGCAUGAAAGACUGGUCUUACACUAAUGAGUACUCAAUGUUUGAGCAUGAUAUUCAAGGAACAAGCGUUUGGUUACAAUUAAUUAUUGAAGCAAAACCAAAAUCGUAA